AAGUGAGGAUGCGACUCCCCAGUUCCAUCUUUGUGUCGGUGUCUCUGUUCACGGCCGAGACCACGGCAGCUCUGUACCUCAGCUCCACGUAUCGCUCCGCGGGAGACCAGAUCUGGCAGGGACUCACGCUGCUCUUCACCCUCGUACCGUCCGUCCUGGUGCAGCUGACCCUCACCUUCAUCCACCGCGACCUGAGCAGAGACAGACCGCUCAUCCUGCUGCUGCACAUCCUGCAGCUCGGUCCCAUCGUCAGGUGUCUGGAGGCGUUCUGCAUCUACGGCAGCGUGGGCCGCGUGGAGGAGCCUUAUGUCAGCAUCACCAGGAAGAAGCAGAUGCCCCGCGGGGGGCAGUCCGAGGAGGUGGAGCGGCAGGUGGGGCAGGCGGAGGGCAAACUGUUUACACACCGAGCAGCCUUCGCCCGCACCUCCGUCAUUCAGGCCUUCCUGGGAUCGGCCCCCCAGCUCACCCUGCAGCUCUACAUCUGCGUCCUGCAGCAGGGGGUGUCCAUCGGGAGAGGUACUCUGAUGGUGAUCUCCCUGCUGUCCAUCGUGUACGGAGCUCUGCGCUGCAACAUCUUGGCCAUUAAGAUCAAAUAUGACGACUACGAGGUGGACGUCCGGCCGAUGGCUUAUCUGUGCAUUUUCCUGUGGAGGAGCUUUGAGAUCGCCACCCGCGUCGUUGUUCUGGUUCUGUUCAGCUCUGUGCUGCAGCUCUGGGUCCUGCCUGUGGUUCUGCUGAACUUCCUGGUGUUCUUCCUCUACCCCUGGAUCUUGUUCUGGCAGAGCCACUCGCCGUUCCCCGAGAACAUCGAAAAGACUCUGACCCGGGUGGGAACCACCAUCGUGCUCUGCCUGCUCACCUUCCUGUACGCGGGAAUCAACAUGUUCUGCUGGUCGGCCGUGCAGGUGAAGCUCAACGACCCGGACCUCAUCAAUAAGUCCCAGAACUGGUACCGCAUGGCCGUGUACUACAUGGUGCGCUUUGUGGAGAACGCCUCGCUGCUCCUUCUGUGGUACAUCUACAAAACGGACUUCUACAACUUCAUCCGUGCCCCGCUGCUGGUGCUGCAGCUGCUGGUCGCGUACGCCAUCGCCAUCUUCUUCAUGCUGGUCUUCUACCAGUUCUGCCAUCCGUGUCGGAAGCUCUUCUCCUCCAGCAUGACCCAGGGCCUCUGGGACUGCUCCUCCCUGCUCUGCCUGAUGUGCACCUCUGCUUCCCCACAGAGCCGGCCGAUGGGAAAGACUGUCCUGGAGCUUCCGAGCCCUUCGACGCGCAAAGAGCCUCCCGGUGAGCGAGCCCACGACUCGGCCAGCAACUCCACAGACGACAUGCCCAACGACACGACGUACGACAUGCUCAAUGACACGGUCUACGACAUUCCUACUGAGACGGACAACAAUAUAGGAGGUGGAAUCAAUGGUGACAUUAGCCACAAUGUAUCCUGCAACGCUUAAAGCAUGACAGCGGUUUGUGACGUGCCAUGCAGAGACAGUUAUCAUAACCUUUUAAGUGCCACAUGGAUCCCUCUGUGAGUUGAGUUUACGCUCCCUUCGGUCUCAUCUCAACUCCUACAUGAAGCAAAUGUGUCCUUAACUCGAGACUUUUCCUGGUUGCAGAUAUGAUUCACAUGCAGAGGUGGUGCUCACCCGUCUUAUCGGCUAACAUACUAACCUUUCAUCAUGCAGCCUUUAAUACCAAUAACGACGCCACCAUUACGUCUUCAUUUCUGGAGCCUGUCCACUUAUAUGCUGCAUUACUGAUCACAAGAAGCCAUGCAUUUUGCAGUGAUUGUAUUUCUCUUUGGCAUAGAGGUUUGCAUGUACGGAGCCUCACAUGAGGUGUAACCGUUUCUCUGCAAGGGGGGUCUUGAGUGCAUUUGGUACAUUUCUUUUGUUGUUCUCUCAACCCUCUUGCUUGUUUUAUGGCUGCAAGCAAUCAGCUUUUUUACACCUCGAUAGGAGCUUUAUGAAUAACACGCGCUGCUUCUGUGAUGUGCUUUUGCUUGAUGAAGAGAUGAUAAUCUCCACACAUUUUUGAUCACCAAACACGUCACUGUAAAGCACGGACAUUUCCAAGUGUGUUGUGUUUUUUGCACGUUUACAAAAAGGAUUUAAGUGGCUUCGGUUGAACCGUCGAGCAGCAGCAGUCGUGAUGUGAAAUGCUUUGUAUGUUUGUAUAUUUGCGUUUCUCUGAUUCACGCCUGUCUGUCAGCUCUGUGUCUGUACGUCUCAUUAGUUAGAAUAUUUACACCGACUGCACACAAUUGAUUAUAUCCAACUGAAAAUGCAUCAAUGUUUGAAACUGUAACAAGUAUUUUUGCUUAUGUUCAACCUUUAUUGUAUAAACUGUCCGUGUGGGUGACUGUGUGUGAGAGAGAAAGUGAGAUUAUGAGUGUAGAUGUUUUUGCACUAACUCCUUUUUGCAAUGUAAUCUGCAGAGGGAUGAUGACCUCGGGAAUCACAUGAAUGCUCCUAAUAUUUGUAUAAAUAACACAAGCAAAAUCUGAAGCAAAAAAUAGAAUAUUACAAUGAAGACCUAUUAGACCCAUCAAACAUUCUCCUAUACAAAAUAAGAAGCA